CACGAUCAUGAUUAGCGUUUGUAAGUUAGGACUUAGAGCACUGGCAGCGGCAAGGAGGAGCCUUGCCACGCCCUGCCCUUCGUGUAGAGUGAAGCGCAGUAGUGGGUGAGGAAAAAAAUGGGUCGCGAGGCAUUCCGCGAGUCACUUCGCGUUGCGUGGCGGAUGCGAGGCAAAAUCGAAGCAGCAAAAUACAAUUACUCUCUUGGAAAAUACAAUUACUCUCUUCUCUGCGCUAGUUUUCUCCGGCAAAAUUGAAGCAGCAAAAUACAAUUCUCUUCUCUGCGCUAGUCUUCUCCGGCCAUCAUCGUUCCCCUGCGACCCUCACUCAGAACAAACCAAAAGUGAUAUAUAGUUGGGAACCAAAAGUGGGAAGGAUCAAAGCCUUGCAAAUUAUUGCAUACUGUGUAAAAGAGAUGGAAUGCAGAAACAUUUCAAUCCUUGCAAAUUUCAAUAUCUUUUGCUGGAUUUUGGGAAAUGGAUGAACCACUUAAGAGGACAUUGACUGUAUUUCUUGAUUGGGGGAAAAGAGAGGGCAGUCUUCAAGAAAUUGAGCUUGCAGGUGUCAAGUAUUUCCAUCACGGUGACUUGAAAGAGUUCACACAUGAUACAAAACAAAAAAAUCUUCUGGGAAAGACCCUUUUUGGUAGAAUUUUGAGAGGGCGUGAUUCCAAUGGGAAUGAAAUCAUAAUUAAGACUUGGGAUGUCUAUGCCCCUAUAAGUCGAGUGAUGGUUUUGCAUCCUUAUGCACUUUGUGAUGAGGUGGCCUUUCUUACCAAAGACGAGCGUUUGGGUGGUUUUGGACGCCAUCAAAAUCUUCCCAACCUAGUUGGUUACACAUUUAAUAAUACGUUUGCCAUCAUCUAUCAAAUGAAUAUCAAGAAUUCUCUUCAGUCUAUGCUUGACUCGGACGAGCUCGACUGGAAUACUCGACUUGAUAUUGCUAUUCAAGUUGCAAAGUUGAUAAUGGACUUCCAUAGUAGGCUUGUCCCCGUCGGGGGUAUUGAUGUUUCCAAUAUGCUUAUUGAUGAGGAAUGGAAUGUCAAACUUUGCGAGUUUGGUCUCCGAUCUCAUGUAGGAGUGGCUGAGACGCGUAGAAUCACUUGGGUGUACACAGGGGGAUCAUAUGCUGCUUAUAUUCCUGAAGUGAACUGUUCAGGAGGUAAAUUCGUCUUGAAAUCCGACAUUUAUGCAUUUGGAAUUUUCCUCAUGGAACUGAUUUGUAAAGUGAAGCCAACAGCUGCUGAAGACUUAUGGGAGGGGAGGAUGGGAUGGUUUCUACAGGGUUGGGCUAUUCGCCACAUGGAUACACCAGGGAUUAAUUUUGUGGAUCCAUCUCUCACAGAUGAUCUCGUGGAUGGUAUUGAAAUCACUAACUUGGUAAAACUUUGUUUUCAAGAGGAUCUUCAUUCACGUCCGUCAGCAGCACAUCUUUUGAAGGUGCUAGAAAAAGUGAAGCAAAGAGCUGCAAACAAGAAACCCAAACUGAUUUGAUUCUCUAUGUGGCUGUUUGAUUUCUUGUUAUUAUGUCGAGAUUUCAAGUCAUGUAGCGACCCCACCUAGUGGGAUAAGACUUGGCGGUUGUUGUUGUUGUAUGUCGAGAUUCCAAGAUGCCAAAUGAUUUGGUGCUGCUCAUGUGAUAACUUAAAAAUUAUUUCUUUUGAGCAUGCUUAGAAGAUGUUGGUUUGGUGGACAUUGUCCUUAUGUUGACUUUGUUGACAUAUUUGUUCAAUGAAUUUGGAUUGGGGUA